GAGAUUGCCUGGUGAGCCUUUGAGAUGGAAACAAACAAAUCAAAUCUGGAGACUCAACUUCUGUGUUCUCCAAAUGAAGACGGAAGAAGAACAAGAAGGAACCAUGACGAACUUGAAGAUGGUGGUGAAGAAACAACAGAAGAAGGACGAAGAGGUUGUUGUCUGUGUGGGUUUAGAUCAACGGAGGACGUGGUGGAGGAAGCAAAGAGACAGAUAUGGCUGGCAGGGCCGCUGAUUGGAGUGAGUCUGCUUCAAUACAGCUUGCAGGUUAUAGCCAUCAUGUUCGUUGGUCGUCUUGGAACUCUUCCUCUUUCUGGUGCUUCCUUGGCCUCCUCCUUCGCCAACGUCACUGGUUUCAGCGUUCUGUUAGGGAUGGGAAGUGCAUUAGAAACACUAUGUGGCCAAGCCUACGGAGCCAAACAAUACCACAUGUUAGGAAUCCACACACAAAGAGCAAUGCUUGUCCUGCUUUGCUUGUCCAUUCCCUUAUCUGUAAUCUUGUACAACACCUGCAACAUCCUCACAAACCUCGGCCAACACCGGGACAUAUCGGCCGAGGCCGGGACAUUUAACCGGUGGCUGAUCCCCAGCGUGUUCGCCUACAGUCUCCUUCAGUGCCUCAACAGGUUUCUGCAGACUCAGAACAAUGUGUUUCCAAUUGUUGUGAGCUCAGGAGUCACAACUGUUGUGCAUGUUGGGUUUUGCUGGGUUUUUGUGUUUGGAUGUGGACUUGGAAGCAAAGGAGCAGCAUUGGCAAUAUCCGUUUCGUAUUGGGUUAAUGUGAUUCUUUUGGUGGGUUAUAUCAAUGUGGCUCCAAGCUGUGCAAAGACUUGGCAUGGCUUCUCCAAACAGGCCUUCUUUAAUCUUUUCACUUUCAUCAAGCUUGCAGUUCCUUCAGCUGUUAUGAUAUGCUUUGAGUAUUGGUCGUUCGAGAUGGUUGUUCUGCUAUCAGGUCUUCUGCCAAAUCCACAACUAGAGACAUCUGUAUUGUCCAUCAGUCUCAAUACUUGCUGGAUGGUGUACAUGAUAUCUGUUGGUCUUGGUGGAGCAAUAAGCACAAGGGUGGCAAAUGAAUUGGGAAGUGGGAACUCAGACGGUGCCGUAUUGGCAAUUAGAGUGAUGAUGACUAUGGUGAUAUGCGAGGGCGUCACAAUCGCAGUUCUGACGAUUUUGAUGAGAAAUGUGUGGGGAAAGCUUUACAGCAAUGACCCUCAGGUCAUCCAUUAUGUUGCCUCCAUGAUGCCCCUUCUUGCUCUCUCUGACUUCCUCGAUGGCUUCCAAUGCGUCCUUUCAGGGGCUGCGAGAGGGUGUGGUUGGCAAAAUCUGUGUGCAUUUAUAAACCUUGGUGCUUACUAUGUUGUGGGAAUUCCUUCUGCAGUCCUAUUUGCCUUCUUCCUUCAUAUUGGAGGCAUGGGGCUAUGGAUGGGGAUCAUUUGUGGACUCACUGUUCAGGGGAUAGCACUCGUUACCGUAAAUGCUUGUACUGAUUGGACUCAAGAGGCAAGGAAAGCAGUGGAUUUAACUCAGAAAACUAGCAUAGUUGUGGAGCCGUAGGAACAUUUCUUACAGAAAGGAAGAAAAAAUACGUGACACAAACACGAUGGCAUAUAUCUUCCCUUUUUCCCCUAAUUAUUUUUAUACGAGGAAUGUAUAUUAAUUACAGUAGUUUUUUUCCAUAGGAAUUCGAUU